AUGACAAGUGUCGCAGUUGACUACUUUAGCAGCAAGCGUGUUCCAUAUGUGAGCUACUUGACGUGCGGAUCUAAGAUGAGUAACAAAAAUCAAGUUUAUGAUUUGAUACGGAAUGGUAUGAGAGUUUCAAUGCAGAUGAUUGAUAAAGAUGACGCUGCUAUCAAGAAAAACUUGCAACAGUGGCUCGUUCCUGUCGGAGUUUUGCUGGAAUGGGGUUGUGAUGGAAGCCAGAUCGUUCUAGAAACGGCGUCGAGAGCAACGCUUUUUGAUUCAGUUCACAUGUGGCUUAUCUUGGAGAACGAAAUAUUGAGUGAAGCGAGUGUAUCGACUUCCUUGGAUGUUUUACGACGAAUGAAUCUCAGUGUCGAUGCUGAUGUUGUAGUGGCUAUUAAUAAGGGGGCACAAUAUGACCUAAUUGACGUAUUUAACUUUGGCAAGAUUCAGGGCAAUGAUCUGGAGAAGAAACACAUAGGCACUUGGCGUCCCGGGAAAGGUCUGAACGUUUCGUUGAGCGGAUUCAAAUAUUAUGAUCGCUGGGAUUUCCACAAUUUGACGCUGCGAGCCAUAUCUGUGAUUCUUGAUCGUCCUAAAGUGUUCAAGCCAGAAAUGUUAUCAGACUUAGGCUACACAGUCGGCGUGUCGGUGAUGACGAAAAUCGUGACUCAGCAACUAUGGGUGCUGAAAGAAAUGCAUAAUUUUAGGUUUAACUACACUAUCGCGGGACGAUGGAUCGGUUCCCCUGCAAGGAACUCAACUUUGGCGGUCACCAAUUCCCUGUACUGGGGCGAACAAGACAUUUCGUGCACUUGCGCUCGGAUAUUCACUCAGUGGCUGGAUUGGGUCGAUGUAUUCUUUCCGUCGGCGACCACGCUCGAGACAAAAUUCUAUUAUCUAAUCAUAGAAAAAGGUGUAGGAGGUUAUGAGAACCGAUUCCUGACACCAUUAUCACCAGGCGUCUGGUGGUGUACUAUCAUAGCUUGUGUGGCUUGCACCAUAAUACUGGCCAUCAGUUCAUAUUUAGAAGCGAGAGAGGAGCCAGGAUUGUAUGCGGCAUUUAGUGUUUACGCUGUUAUUUGUCAACAAGCUUAUGAAGAUGGCGUUCAGUUAUUCGAGGAAGCUACUUCGAGUCAAGGUCGUCGUUUAAUUCUCCUAGUAGUUGGUCUGAUGAGCAUGCUUCUGUACAACUACUACACCAGCAGCGUGGUCUCCUGGCUGCUCAAUGCCGCAGCUCCCACGCUCGCCGACAUGGAUGCCUUGAUCAACAGUGACUUGGAGCUCGUGUUUGAAGAUAUCGGCUACACCAGAGGAUGGCUUGAUAAUCCCGGAUUUUUUUACUAUAGCGGCUAUAAAAAUCCGAAGGAAGAUUAUUUAAGAAUGAAGAAGGUGACAAUGGCGAAGCGGACGACACCGCUCUUACAGGCGGCAGCCGCUGGAAUAAACUUAAUUAGAACUGGGGACUAUGCGUAUCACACUGAACCCUAUACGGCUUAUCAGGUCCUAUCUAAGACGUUUGAAGAUAAGGAGUUAUGCGAGCUAGGGUCGUUGCAGAUGAUGUCGCCCGCCCAUGUCUACAUAAUGGCACAAAAACGGAGUCCCUAUAAGCAGUUUUUCGUCUGGAGUCUAAUGCGUCUCCUUGAGCGCGGCCAUACAUCAGCAGUUCGAGGUAGAGUUAGCGGCUACAGGCCCAAGUGCUCGGGGCGGACUCCACGCGCCUUAGCGCUGGGGCAAGCGGCGCCUGCCUUCAUAGUCCUUGCCCAAGUGGCCUCGUUCUCUGUGAUUAUUUUACUAUGCGAAAUUUACUGGUACAGAGUCCAAGGUAAAAAACAAGCUGGAAGUACGCUCAAUAAUCGCGAACAUAACGCACAAGAGGUACGAACGAGGACUGAUUCCCAAGGAGCAUAAAAAAACAAUAAAGGGAAAAAUAUUUGAUAGCCCGUGUCAGGAGGAAGGGGCUAUCUAAGAGUGUAUUCACAUUGCAAGCGUUUUAGACGCGUGGCAGUUGUCUAGCGUAGUUUGUAGAGUUGUUUGGCUUUGUUUUGCAUGAACACUUGUUACAUUCGGAUUAAUUUAAAGAAAAAAAAAAUCAAAAGGAAAUGAUGUCUUUGUCUACACCAGCACAAGCAAAAUUUGACGAUUACUAAAUAGUAACAAAAAAUAUAUGAUUUAUCAAAUA